AUGUCUGCUGCUCAAACAAAGACUGAUAGCAUUAUUGCUGAGAAUGCUGUUGCCGUAUUCAGUAAAUCUUACUGCCCAUACUGCAAAGCUACCAAGCAGCUUUUGAAUGAUUUAAACGCUAAAUACUACUCCAUCGAAUUGGACCAAGUUGACGAUGGAUCCGCAAUCCAAGCCUACCUCAAAGAAAAAACAAACCAAGGUUCCGUUCCAAACAUCUUCAUCGGCCAGAAACACGUCGGUGGUAACUCGGAUUUGCAAGCCAAGAAUAAGAAGGAGCUCGAGGCGCAGUUGAAGGAGUUGAAUGUUAUUGUUGCGUAA